CCCCUCCCUCCCCUCCUCCUCCUCUUCCUCCUCCUCUUCCAGGGGGGCAAAGGGAAGGAGCGGGGGGAGGCCAGGCUGGACCCUCCUCCUCUUCCUCCUCCUCCUCCUCCUCCUCCUUUCCUGGCGCCUUUGCAAGGCUUGCAAAGGGAAAAAGAAAGAGCAGGAGGAGGCAAGGCGGGAUCCUCUUCGUCCUCCUCCUCUUCCUCUUCUUCCUUCCUUGAUUCUUUCUCUCUCCCCCCGGAAAUAUGGACCCUUCCUCCACCGCCUUGACCUCCUCCAGCUUCUCUUGGAAAGAACCACCAAGGAACUUGAUGGAGAGUUUCCUUUGCUCUGGGACGAUGGGAGUGAGGUUGGCCAACUUGGGGGUUUUGGACUCCAACUCCCACCAUUCCUAACAGCCGGUGGAGGUCACAGUUUCCCUGGUUUGUGGGUGAACUACAAAUCCCAGAAAGGAAGAAUCUCCUAAAGUGUGAAGAAACUGUCUGGAAACAGGCGAUGCUUUGUUUGACUCGGGGCAAGAAAAGCAUCUAUUCUUCCUGAUGCCUUGGGACACCUCCUUCUGACCCAAAAAGCCAAAGGACCCCGUUCCUCCUCCUCCUCCGCGGCAGAGAUGAGGACCUCGGAAGAGCCGCCGUCGGCCACCACCGUCUUGCAGCGCUUGCUCCAGGAGCAGCUCCGCUAUGGAAACCCCAGUGACAGCCGCACGCUGCUGGCGCUGCAUCAGCAAGCCACGGCGGGCGGCGCAGGGCCCUCCUCGGUCCCUGGGGAAGGCCUGGGCCCCUCGGAGCACGCAGGCGGGACCCACGUGGCGCGCCAGGAGCCGCAGGGGCAGGAGAUCCCGAUGGACGGCGUGGGCGCCAUGGAGAAGCAGCUCUCCCCGCGCGGCGGAGGCCCGAACGGCGAGGACCUCCCCACCUACGAAGAGGCCAAGGUCCAGUCACAGUACUUCCGGGGCCAGCCCCACGCCAGCGUCGGGGCCGCCUUCUACGUCACGGGGGUCUCCAACCCGAAGGUGAGGACCGAAGGGCGGCCCACGGUACAGAGGGUCAGCCCCGGAAAGGUCCACCAGGACGAGGGGCUCCGGGACCUCAAGCAGGGCCACGUCCGGUCCCUGAGCGAGAGGCUCAUGCAGCUGUCUUUGGCCACCAACGGGGUCAAGGCCCACGCGCCCGUCACCAGCGCCCCGCUCUCGCCGCUCACCCAUCACCAGCAUCACCAGGGCAGCGACUUCUACAAGAACCCCGGCCCCCCAAAAGGGAUGGAGCACCGGGGUCCGCCCCCCGAGUACCCCUACAAGAACCUCUCCAGCCCGCCCUUGGGGUGCAAGCCACAGGAGCCCGGCCACUUCUAUGCUGACCAUCGGAUGUCCCAGCAAAGCCGGGCCGAGGGUCCCAUGGUGAGGUACCAGCACCCUCCGGAAUACGGAUCGUUCAGACAGAACCAGGACUUCCCCUUGCUGCCUCCGCCGGGGCGGCCACCCCACCACCACAGCCCGACCUCCUCGCUGACCUCCUUGGGCUCCCUGUCGCUGCUCCAGUCGCUGCCCCCAUCGUCCCGCCUCUCCCCCUCGCAGCAGCCCCCGACCCCCAGCCAUGGAGACCCCUUCGCCUUCCCCUCGCCGCCCCCGGGCGCACAGCCGCUCUUCCUCGCGGGCCAGCUCCACCAAGGAGACCUCUUCCGCCUCUGCCACCAGCAGCAGCACCAUCACCAGCAGCCGCACCAGCACCAGCCGCAGCACCACCAGCCGGGGGAUUCGUACUCGGGGCUCCCACGGCCCCCGCCGGCGCCUUCCCCAUACCAGCCGGUGCCAGUGGACCCCUUUGCCAUAGUCUCCCGGGCGCAGCAGAUGGUGGAGAUCCUCUCCGAGGAGAACCGUUCCUUGCGCCAGGAGCUGGACGGCUGCUAUGAGAAAGUGGCACGGUUGCAGAAGUUGGAGACUGAAAUCCAGCAAGUUUCGGAGGCCUACAAAAACCUGGAGAAGUCGUCCUCCAAGCGGGAAACCCUGGAAAAGGCCAUGCGGAACAAGCUGGAAGGAGAGAUCCGGAGGCUUCACGACUUCAACAGGGAUCUCCGAGAGCGCAUGGAUACAGCCAACAAGCAGCUGGCGGAGAAAGAAUUCGAAGGCUCUGAGGACAACCGGAAAACCAUCUCCCAGCUCUUUGCACAAAAUAAAGAGACCCAGAGGGAGAAGGAGAAGCUGGAGGUGGAGCUGGUGGGCGUCCGCUCCGCCAACGAGGAGCAGCGGCGGCACAUCGAGAUCCGCGACCAGGCGCUCAACAACGCUCAGGCCAAGGUGGUCAAGCUGGAGGAAGAGCUGAAGAAGAAGCAGGUUUAUGUUGAGAAGGUCGAGAAGAUGCAGCAGGCGCUGGUCCAGCUGCAGGCGGCCUGUGAAAAGCGCGAACAGCUGGAGCACCGACUCCGGACUCGGCUGGAGAGGGAGCUGGAGUCCCUCCGGAUGCAGCAGCGCCAAGGCAGCUCACAGCCGUCCGGCGCCUCGGAGUACAACGCAGCCGCCUUGAUGGAGCUCCUGCGGGAGAAAGAGGAGCGCAUCCUGGCCCUGGAAGCGGACAUGACCAAGUGGGAGCAGAAGUACCUGGAGGAGAGCGUCAUGCGCCAGUUCGCCCUGGACGCCGCGGCCUCCGUGGCUGCUCAGAGGGACACCUCCACGGCCAUCGGCCACUCGCCCAGCGCCAGCUACGACACUUCGCUGGAGGCCCGGAUCCAGAAGGAAGAGGAGGAGAUCCUGAUGGCCAACCGGAGGUGCCUGGACAUGGAGGGCAGGAUCAAGACGCUGCAUGCGCAGAUCAUCGAGAAGGACGCCAUGAUCAAGGUGCUGCAGCAGCGCUCCCGCAAGGAGGCCGGCAGGGCCGAGCCGCUCUCCUCCAUGCGCCCGGCCAAGUCGCUGAUGUCCAUCUCCAACGCGGGCGCUUCCUCUUCCUCGGGCCCGGCCCCGCUCUCCUCCUCCUCCGCCCUCAGCAGCACUCCCAUCCCGGAGGAGCGGCGCGAGGACCGGAGCUGGAAGGGCAGCCUAGGUGUGCUGCUGGGCACAGAGUGCCGCUCCGAGUCCAUCCCUUCCACCCCGUCGCCGGUGAUGCCUUCCACGCCGCUGCUGUCCGCUCAUUGCAAGACGGGCAGCCGGGACUGCAGCACGCAGACCGAUCAGAACAAGGGCCCCACCUCUGCAGCCGCGUCCAGCCCUUCGGUGCAGGCCAGGCUCCCAGGUGCGAAUCUGGCCUACGUCUCGGACAAAGCAGACGUUUCCUCCUCCGCUUUCCAUCCCAACGCCCUGGAAAGGAAGAAUCCGGCUCAAUCCGUGGGGCAGGACCUCAGCGACGGAGAAAUGGUGGAGUAUCUCAUCUGAAGACAAGCCGGAACCCGUUCCCCUUUUCCCCCUUCUUUUGAUAUAUACAUAUAUACAUACAUAACACAAAUAGCAAUUUUUUUAUAGUAACCGAGUCAUAAAGGAAUAUCUACAGCCUUGCGCUGUUUGUAUAUACUCUCCUCUUUUUCAAAGAAAAAUAUGGACAGGUUAACUUAUAAUUUUCUGGAUUUGGUCGCAUCUGGAUUAAAGUCAGCCUUGGUCUUAAGUGCACUCAAUUUUUUAAAACGUCAGUAUUUUUUAAAGGAAAGGAAUAGCUUGUCUUUGUGUUUUUAGGUGGUUUUUUGGGUGCCAUUCCGAAAGGCCUUUUUUGGUAUCCUCAGCUCUUAGGCGGAAACCAAGGUGCUCUCGCUUCCGCAAAUAUUUCACAGAAGUCGUCGCGAUAGGAAAUGUCAAGGUGAAAAGACCAAAAUGUUGCAAGAAGCAUUCCAGAAAUACAACAUUCACAGCAUUCUCUAUUGGUUUCCUUCAUACGUCAGGCGAGGCGCAUCUAGACCAGGUAUGGGCAAACCCAGGCUUUAAGAUAGGGCUAUCAUUGGAAAAUAAUAAUAAUAAUAAUAACAAUAAUAAUAAUAACACAGUCCUAGACACUUGGGAAGUGUUCGACUUGUGAUUUUGUGAUAUGAAAUCCAGCAUAUCUAUCUUGUUUGCUGUGUCAUAAUAAAAUAAUAAUAAUAAUAACAACGUUAUUUUUAUACCCUGCCUCUAUCUCCCCAAAGGGAACUUUCUUCUUUUCUGCUGGGAGAAUAUUAUUAUUAUUAUUAUUAUUAUUAUUAUUAUUAUUAUUAUUAUUAUUAUUAUUAUGGUUUGACCCUGGGACUGUAGAAUUAAUGCAGUUUGACACCACUGUUAACCGCUGUGGCUCAAUGCUAUGCAAAUCUGGGAAUUGUAGUUUCCAAAGACCUUUAGCCUUCUCUCCUGAAUGAACUUGACUCAAUAGCCGGUAAGAGAAUGCUGGUGCGCGAUGUUGUAUUUCCGCCGCGUGCCUCCGACGUGGGCGUCUCUUUCUUCCAUUCCUCCCUUUUUGUCACCGUGGUUCGAUUUCUGCAAAAUGUUCAGAGGGAGGGCCAAAGUUCGCCCAGGCCUGGUUUAGUGCCUUAGCGCUAAAUGUAGGUCAUGCAUUUCCAUGUCUUCCUAAAACAUUCCAUUCUUUGCAAAGUUAGCAAAACAAGUUUGUGCCGUCGAAGGAUGUCGCCCUCCGUGCCUUGGCUUCCCCGAAACCUCUUGCCUUUCUUUGCAAACUCUUUGUUUGCCACGAGGUUGCAAGAAUCAAACUUUCGGAAACAACCGUUGAAUUUGUCGCUCUCCGUUGGCUUCUAGAUGAUCUCAUUUUUUAAUCCGGGGGAAAAUGUUUUAAUAGAAGCAAAACGAAUGGUUGCAACGUAUGAAUGUGUCGGCAGAGUUGCGCCUAAAACAAACCCACAAGCAGCCUUCUCCGCAAUGUGCUGGAAUGGAUUCAGGGCCAAAACAGGAUUUUGUGCGAUUUGUGCUUCUGGAUAAAAUAGGAAUAACCAGGAGCCUUGCGUGUCCGAGGCAUGCAUUUUGCACACUUGGUCUUGGAACAAAAUUCUGCUAAGAAGUGCCUUAUGCUGGCCUCACAGUUGCCAGUUUUAAUGCAAUUCCUCUGCUUCAAGUCAACCACCGAUUUGCUGUUAUUUUGGGGAUUUUGUAGCUCUGUUGGUAAAGACAUGGUGUCGGACGCAAUCCGGUCACUUUUGGUGUGAUCUCUGUCCCUCCAAGGAAAGCCAAACUGCACACUUCCCCCCCUUUUUUUCCAUUUCUGUAACAACUUGAUACUGGAAUUCAAACAAAGAAAUGUAAAACUUGUGAUGACCGCUUUUGUUUGUUUUUAGUUUGUGCUCAAACCAAACUUUUAGACUAAGAGUUUAACACGAACUCGGCUAUUUAGGAGUUUAGGAGUGCACUGCACAGCCUAAGCAAAGGAAAGCGAUGUAGUCCCGUUUCCAGAGUCUGUGGAUGAUGGGCCUUGGAGUGACCAGCUCUGCAUCAUGCGGACAAAGGGCUAUUGCGCUGCCAUCCUUCUCGGACUUUGUCACAAUGAACGUCUCUCCGCUUUGCUUGGUGCCUCAAUAGACCUCUCCUCGACUUGUAUAGGUGCGUUUAGUAUGUCUAGAAUGUAAGCCUCAUGAUAAUGGGAACUGUACUGUAUUUAUGAAGAAAAUACAUUUGUUUCUGAA